AGAGUGAAUUAUUUAUUCUCCACAACAAUAAAUAACCGAGAUGCAAAAUAGUUCCUGUCUACAUCCCGAACUGCUGUUUGCACUCUUCUUAGGCUCUCUGCAGCUCAGAAUAUGCUGGAUGCAGUUUGCCCAGCCAGAUCUCUGACUUUUAGCCACUAAGCAAAGGAGAAAUUAAUCUUCCACUGGUCUCCUCUCCAGUUUCAUAAAGAUCCAGGCACAUCCCACAGCCUUACACCUACCCCUUCCCACUCCCAUUGGGACCAACAGAGGGUGGGGAGGAAAUCUGCUCUCCAUUACUGUCACUCACUUCAUUGCCAUGCAGGUUAGGGACUUGCCCUGAUUCUCCCCCCGGGUGUAAAUCAGGAGUAACUCCAUUGAAAUGUGGCAGGAACAGGAAGGAAUCUCACUGCGGUCAGUGAGAGCAGAAUGGGGCCCAGGCACAGGGAGAGGGAAGGGGGCAGAAGGAGGCUCGUUCGGUUUCGCAGGUGCCAUUGGCCCUUGCAGAGAGAAGGGCGGGUGCAUGCCCAGCCCCAUCUGUGGAACUAUUGGGUAAGGGAGCUGCCAGCGUGACGGGGAGUCAGGUUUCCUCCUUUACUUAGGCAAUUGCCGCAAAACAUUUCGAGAAUUUCUCCGAGACGGCCGCGGAAGGAGGAUCAGUCGGUCCGGGUGGCUCGCUGGGACAAGCUCAGCUUCGUUCGGUGCAUUGAAAAGAAAGGGCGAAACAGCUUUUGCACGCUUUUCCUUAACGCGGGCUCAGCCAGUUCUCUCAUUGUCCUUGAAGACAUUCCGGAAGCUGUAUAUUGAUCUUUCAUUCACUGCAAAGCUCUGUGGAAUCAAGUUAUGUCAACAGCUGCUUUAAUUAAUUUGGUUAGAAAUGGAGGGUAUCAAGUGAGAAGGCGAGCGCUGCUGACAUCCCGCCUCUUGGCAGACGACAAACGCUUGACUGCCGUGUGCCAGAGCUCCACCACAGAACGCCGGGCUUCCCGCUUCGAUCCAGACGGCAGUGGGCGUCCAGCCACAUGGGAUGCUUUUGGUAUCUGGGACAAUCGCAUUGAUGAGCCCAUACUCCUCCCACCCAGCAUAAAGUAUGGGAAGCUGAUUCCCAAAAUCAGUCUGGCCAAGGUGGGCUGCGCAAGCCAGAUUGGAAAGCGGAAGGAAAAUGAGGACCGGUUUGAUUACGCUCAGCUGACAGAUGAUGUCCUGUAUUUUGCAGUGUAUGAUGGGCAUGGCGGGGCUGCAGCAGCUGAUUUCUGUGCUAAGUACAUGGAAAAGUACAUUCAAGAAUUCCUUUCUCAGGAGAAGAAUUUGGAAACCGUGUUGACCAAAGCUUUUCUAGAAAUAGACAACGCGUUUGCGAGGCAUGCUCACUUAUCUGUGGAUGCAACCCUGCUGAACGCUGGGACCACUGCCACAGUGGCCCUGCUGCGAGAUGGUAUUGAACUGGUUGUGGCCAGUGUUGGGGACAGUCGUGCACUGUUGUGUCGAAAGGGAAAGGCCCUAAAACUCACCAUUGAUCAUACUCCAGAAAGGAAGGACGAGAAGGAAAGGAUAAAGAAAUGUGGUGGCUUUAUAGUGUGGAACAGUCUGGGGCAGCCCCAUGUGAAUGGUAGACUUGCAAUGACACGGAGUAUAGGAGAUUUGGACCUUAAAAGCAGUGGAGUAACAGCAGAGCCAGAAACUAAAAGGGUUCAGUUGCAUCAUGCAAGCGAUAGCUUCCUGGUCCUUACUACAGAUGGCAUUAACUUCAUGGUGAACAGUCAAGAGAUAUGUGACUUUAUUAACCAGUGCCAUGAUCCCCCUGAAGCAGCCCAUGUUGUGACUGAGCAGGCUAUACAGUAUGGUACUGAAGAUAACAGCACUGCUGUCAUAGUACCAUUUGGAGCAUGGGGAAAAUACAAAAACUCUGAGGUCAACUUCUCAUUCACCCGCAGCUUUGCCUCGAGCGGAAGGUGGGCAUGAGGACCCGCUGGAAUCAGAUUUUCUGUGCAAUAAUCUGUAUGCCGCAUGCUACAGGAGAACACAUCUUGCCCAUUUAUUUUUCUCCCACUAUUGUACAAAAUAGUAAGCUUACUGCUUUCUGGGUAACAAACCCUCAUCACGUACAUGUCCCAUUUUACCAUUUUUAUUGAUGUUUUCAGAUUUUAGGCAAGUGUUCAUUUUACUGACUUUUUUGGUUUCCAAUCCCAGAAGAUGAUGGGUAGUCCUGUGCAGAUGGACUAGGUGCAGGGCAAUAUUCAAUACAUGUUUUGUUCUGACUGAUUUAUCUAGUCCUCUGUGAAAGAUUGUUACGCUGGAUAGACUGAGCCCUGUGCUCCCCUCUGUGCACAAAACACCAGGGAGGGGAGCAAACACGUAAUCAUGAGGAGACGAAAGAUGCCUGUUUUGUCUUCCACUGUGUCACAGCAACCAAAAAAGUCCCUCUGCGCUUCAGGAGAAGCAUGUGAAAAAUAGUGGCAUGGCUAGAGAGGAUUGAGGAAGAGGCUAUUCUAUGCAGCAAGCUCCUCUGACACAAUAGUGUAAGUUUAGCCCAAAAGUCCUGUCUAAAUUAAUGCUGCUAAGCAGAACAAUACCUUGACCUCCACGCUCUGCAAGUCAAAGUAUGUGCGCAGGCCAGGAGCCAAACAUGCAUGGCAGCCAAGGCAGAUAUGCUGCCACUGGGGGCAGAGGGGAUUCCCUACAAUGGCCUGGAGUUUGUGAGGUCUCUGCUGUCCUACGUCUCUGGCCAAUGUGUGAUUUGGAGGCCACAUUGCAGUCCUCUGUGUAGACCCCUAGCACAAUUUCACUGAGAGGAACAUGAAGCUGGUCUACAGGGGUGCAAAAAGCUGCAUAUUUUUCAAAUUAAGAGGCACUGUGAACUUGAAUUCCAUUUUUUAAUGAUUUAAUUUCUAACUAUUCCAUUUUCUAGUAGAGCUCCCUGGAAACAGUGCAACAGGAAUGUUUUAAUUCUUUAAAAAAUGAGUAAGGGCUUUUGUGCUCUCCAGAAAAGCCAGUUGCUAGUUGACUGUGCACAGGAUGCCAUCAAGUGCACAAAGUAAACUGGAAAAAGGGGAGUGUCAUGGGGCGCAACACUCACUGCUGAACUGGCGCCUCCUCCUGGUUACUCUGGGGAUUAGCUCAAGGA